AUGGGUCUCGGUAGAGACUUGGACGAUUCCAGGCCUCUAAAGAUUGUCACAUUCUCUGAUGUCGAAGAAGACUUGAGUAGUGAGAAUGAUUUGGUUGAGAACCUGUUGGAGCAAACCGAUGAGGUUGAUCGUAAAGCUGCUCAUAUCAGACGACGCUAUCGACGCAAUCCGUUCUUAGUGUCCUUAACUCCUAAGGUUCCAAAGUCUCGUUCGAGCGGAAAAAAAAAGAAACGUUACAACGAAACAAUUGAAAUGAUCAAUGCGACCAUUGAUGACUUGUGCUUGGAUUGCUCUGAUAUAAUGCAGGAAACACACACACCAUUUCGUCGUCUGUUCUCGAAUCCAAGAAACAUGAAAGCUUGGAGGAGUUUCGUUGAGGUCGAAAAACGUGAGCAAAAUUCGAUGACAGAGAACAAUGAAUUCCUUAUUCUGGAUAUGUCGUUACUUUCUCUUGAGGAUGAUCAUGAUCGUUACAACAAGAUCAAUGACAUAUUCGAUGAGCUUUUGCCAUGCCAGCGAUCACUCCUCUUCCAAUGUGAGACUAUCUUGAACUCAAUGGAAUCAUUGGAACAGGAACUUCGAGCUUGCUUUGUAGCAUCACCUACUGCAAGCUCAAUUUAUUUGUUCAAAUCAGAAUUGGAAAGAGUAACAUGUAAUGUUAUCUCCCAGUACCUCGGUCUUUCCUCUGAGAAUUACAAACAAGGCAAGAAAGUCAUAACAGAAGUGAGCAAUGGGGCCAAAACAUUCGCUUGCCCCGAUACCACUAUGGCAGUCGUACUGUCCGACAGUUCAAAGUUCUCUGGCAGAACAAAAUCCAAUUUUUUGGGAAAAAAUCUUAAGGAAUAG